AUGGAGGAUUGCCGCAGAGGCUCUUUGCUCUCCUGUCUCACCUCCCUGCUUCUCUUCUUCCAGUUGCCUGCUGGGGGGUCUGCAGAGGAGUUUGUGGUGACUGGCCCCUCGGACCCCAUUGUGGCAGUGAUGGGUGGGAACGUCACGCUGCCCUGUCAUGUGUCCCCAGCCAUGGAUGUGGAAAACAUGGAGCUGCGGUGGUUCCGCUCCAAGUUCUCAGAAGCAGUGUUCAUCUAUGAAAACCAGCAGGAACAGAAAGAAGAGCAGCUGGCUCAGUACACAGGGCGGACCUCGCUGGUGAAGGACUUCCUCAGCCAGGGGGAGGCCACUGUGCGUAUCCACAAGGUCCAGGCUUCCGACAACGGGCUGUAUACCUGCUUCUUCAGAAAGGGAGGUUUCUAUGAAGAGGCCAGUUUGGAGCUGAAGGUGGCAGGUGUGGGCUCUGUCCCUCAAGUGCACAUCACAGGGCCAGAGGAGGACGGGGUCCGAGUGGUGUGCACGGCCUCGGGAUGGUUCCCAAAGCCCCAGAUACAGUGGAGAGCUGCUAAUGGGGAAAAGUUCCUGACAUUCUCUGAGACCCAUGCCCAAGACACUGAAGGGCUGUUCAGCGUGGAGUCUGCUCUGGUGGUGAGGGACAGCUCUUCAGGGAACAUGACCUGCUCAGUCCUCAACCCCGUCCUGGACCAGAAGAAGGCGAUGGCCAUUUUCAUCCCAGAGCCCUUCUUCCCCCAGGCCUCUCCCUGGAAGCCAGCUUUCAUAGUGAGCCUUGUGGUGCUGAUGCUCUCACUCCUUGGGGCUGCCUAUUACAUCAAGACAGAACAUACUGUAAAGAGGCAGGAGAUGCAGGAAUGGGAGAGACUGCGCAGGGACAAGGAGGAGGCCCGGCGGACAAAGGAGGAGGCGUUGAAGGCCAGAGAUGAACUCCAAGAAGAUCUCGGCAGGAGGAAAUCCAUUUACCUGGGUGGCUGGAGGAAGGCGCAGUUGUAUGCAGACUGGCGGAAGGAGAAGUUCCAGGCCUUGUCUGUCACUCUGGAUCCAGCGUCUGCAGAUCCGCACCUUGCUGUCUCUGGUGGACAGACUAGUGUGACCUUGGAGGACACAACUGAGGACCCAGGAGGACCCUGUAGCAUCUUGGGCCAGGAGGCCAUCACAUCAGGGCGCUGCUACUGGGAGGUGGAGAUCAAGAAUGGAAACAGAAGCGAGUGGGGUCUGGGGGUCUGUAGGGGAGAUGUGGAGAGGAAAGACUGGUACAGAGAGGUGCCAGAACUGGGGUUCUGGGUUCUGGGGUGGUACGGAGGUAAAUUAUAUGCCCUUGUACUCCCUGAGAGUCAGGAAAUCGGUGAUGAAGUUCCCCACAGGGUGGGUGUUUUCUUAGACCUCAAAGAAGGGGAUGUCUCCUUCUAUAACAUGACUGAUGGAUCUCACCUUUUCUCCUUCCCUCUAACUACCUCCACUGGGACUCUGUUUCCAUACUUCAUGAUUAAGUCAGGGGAUGUGUCCCUGACCAUCUGCUCUGUGGUGGGUGUGCCUACAGAGACCCCUGUGCCCCUUAACAAUCUUCCUUCUUCUUUGGAGGAACCUGUAAGCCUCUCAGGGGAUGGGUUCAGCUCAGGCUCUGCUGUUGAUGGUGCUCUCCCAGGGGCCAACUCUCCAUUACUCCCCUAUGGCCCUGAGGCUAUGUGACCAUAGGACCCCAACACUGUCCCAGACUCCUUAUGGUGGCUCUUUCUGGAGCUUCACAUUCCUUGAGACAAAAGCCUCUGAGGUUAGUCCUGGAUGACCUGGGUGUCUUGCACUCUUGCUCUGGAUGCAGUCUCCUGGGGUAUGGCUAUGAGAACAGUCAGUUCAUGCCUUAUGCUCAGGCAACAGAAGAUAAUAGUUGGCUGAGCUGGUUUAGGGUAGGCUGAAUUUAACUAUUGGAAGUAGUGCUUCUUUUGGUAAUGAAAAUUAUUUCAUACAGUCUUUAUUCUGCUUGGAUAUGAAGGAGAUGAGGGCUGAAUGACUCUGCAGAAUUAAAUGGUGUAUAUUUUAUCCAACUUGAGUUGUGCAGAUGAACCCAGAGGCUAUGAGUAGGUCACCAGUUCUAUUUUGGGAAAUGUGCACUCUGACCAGAGACAUUGGCCAUCCAAAAAUUUCUGGAGAAAUGAAUGGCUGAUUGAUGUUCAAGAGGAAAGCAGUCUAAUAUUCUACUGUAUAUACCUCCUAUUCUGGGAUGGUGGAAGCACACUUAUCUUACCAACCUUAGGAAAUAUCUGUUAUUCGUGAAAUACCAGUGCUGUGUUAAUUCAGGAAUUAAGAAGAAGGAUCUGGUUCUUCCUGUGUGUCAACUCCAGUUGGAAAGAAGAGAACUUCUACCAGAAUCAAGAUAUGAAUGAGGUAGAUAAUUUUCAGAUGCUGGGUGAAUUUCAAGAAGCUUUGACUAUGAGCAUGGUUUCCAGAAUCUGUGUAGUGCCUCUCAUUACUUCCAAGUCCAAAGGUGGAGUGCCUGAGUAGCUCAGUGGGUUAAGCGUCCAACUUCAGCUCAGGUCAUGAUCUCACAGUUCGUGGGUUCAAGCCACACAUCAGGCUCUGUGCUGACAGCUCAGAGCCUGGAGCCUGCU